AAGAUUCUGCACAUGUGAAAAUAUCUGAUUGCGAUAAUACCCCCUUUUCAGUUCACGUUUGUUCGGUCUUCGGGUGACAUUCGAUCGUCUUCAAGAAGAAGUAAGAAGGAAGAAGAAGACGAUAAAGUUGAAACCCUACUUCUCAAUCCCCAAUCCCCAAUCAGACAAUUACCGAUUAAUUAUCUGCUUAGUGGGUGGAAAAUUAGGGUUGGAAAUUCUGUGUAUAUUCUCGAUGGCGUCAGACCAUCAUGAUUCUCGGAUCAAUACAUUGGAGCUGAAAGAUCAGAUUUAUCAGAAAAUCGGGAAUCAAAGAGCAGAUAUGUAUUUUGAUCAUCUUCAAAGAUUUUUCAGUUGCAAGAUUAAUAAGGCCGAGUUCAACAAGCUAGUUGUAAAUACUAUUGGUCGAGAGAAUAUCUACCUGCAUAACCUUGUUAUUCAAUCCAUAUUGAAGAAUGCUUCUCUAUCGAAAAUCCCUCCAAGUAAUGUUACAAAGUUAGAUGGUUCUCAAAACCUUAGAGAUACCAAGGGUACGAUGCCAAUCAAUAGGAAUAAUCGAAAGUUUAGGGAUCGGCCGAGCCCUCUCGGCCCUCUUGCAAAGACCCCGACGAGUACAACUACAAUUAGUAGGCCUGUUCUAGAAGAAGAUAAUGGGGAUGGGGAUGGGGAGGGGGGUGUGGAUGAAGGGGAGGAAGUUGAACAGGCUACAGUUACCCGCCCCAUUACAGCACCUCUAGGAAUUUCCAUGAAACCCUUACCCCGAAGAACUCCACAAUUCAAAAUUUGCGAAUACCGAAGGGAGCUACCUGAUACAAAGUCAUUGAUGAUUGGUUUAGAGAAGUUGGUGGCUGCGAAAGGUCUUGGGCUUUCGGCGGAUUCUGCAAAUCUGUUGAAUAAGGGGUUGAAUGCUUAUCUGAAGAGGUUGAUUGAACCCUGUAUUGGAUUAGCUAGGUCUAGAUGCGACAGCAGCAGCAGCAGCAGCAGGAAUGAUGGUCAAUCUGUUGAGCAACCUGUUUGCGGUUCUAUGGUGGAUUUUCAUACUACUGUUGAAAAUAAUCCCCAGAGCCUCGGACAUGAUUGGUCUAGUAAGAUGGAGAAGGUGUGUUUUCGUGCUAUGCCUGAAAUUGAAGAAUCGCGAGGAAUGAAAAGAAGAGAAAGUUGAGUACAGACAGAUUUUUAGAGAAGGAGGUAUCAUAAUUCAUAUAUACUCUGCCUGCCUAAUAUACAUAUACCUUUGUGACGAUAUUAACUUGACUCAUUUGAAAGGAUGAUUGUUCUUGAAGAUUGCCAUUAAUAAUCUUUUUUUAAUUGAUAUCUGUUGUUCUUUAUUAUGUAAUGACAGUUUUGCUAGGAACAAUAAUAAUAAUUAAGUUUCAGAUUUAGUUUCAGAAUUGUUUAUGGGUUGGAUUAUAAUGAAAUAACAACCUGUUUCUGUUUU